GCGGACGACAUGAGUAAACGUUGACACUCGUAUUUGCUUUCUUUUAUAUUAUUUUUAUUAAUUCAAUUACCACUCCAUCAUAGGCGUAAAUAAUAAAUUAACUUAUUAAAUGUACAGUUUAUCUCAUAAAGGAUGACUGACUCACAAGAUUCCAACGGAAACUCACUGGGUUUGUUGAAAAACGAAGAGGACUUGCCUUAUGAAGAAGAAAUAUUCCGAAAUCCCUUUUCAGUAAAACACUGGCAAAGAUAUAUUGAUCAUCUGAAGUCUACCAAAAGUCCUAAUUUGAAUAUUGUAUACGAGCGAGCCCUUAAAGAAUUACCAGGAAGUUACAAGUUAUGGAAUAAUUACUUACGUUUACGAGUAAAAAAACUGAAAGAUCAGGUCAAAGGAAAUGUUGAGCAUCCACUUUAUGAAGAUGUCAGCAAUGUUUUCGAAAGAGCGCUGGUAUGGAUGCACAAAAUGCCCCGGAUAUGGAUUAAUUAUUGUAUUUUCAUGACAGAACAAGGCUAUAUCACGCAAACUCGACAUGUAUUUGAUAAAGCCCUCCGAGCUUUACCCAUCACUCAGCAUCAUAGAAUUUGGCCUCUCUAUCUGAACUUUGUCAAAAUGCACAAUAUUCCGGAAACAGCUGUGCGAGUCUUCAGAAGAUAUUUAAAGAUGGCACCAGAGGAUACGGAAGACUACAUAGAAUAUUUAACUUCAAUCAACAGACUUGACGAAGCAGCUACACAGCUUGCACAUAUAGUCAAUCAAGACGAUUUCGUAUCAAAAUCCGGAAAAUCGAAACAUCAAUUGUGGUCUGAGUUGUGCGAUUUGAUAUCUAAACAUCCGACUCAAAUUAAAACACUCAAUGUCGAUGCCAUUAUCAGAGGUGGACUUAGACGGUAUACCGAUUCACUAGGUUCAUUAUGGAACUCUUUGGCGGAUUAUUAUGUUCGUAGUGGACUUUUGGAAAGAGCCAGAGAUGUCUAUGAAGAAGCGAUACAAACCGUCAAGACUGUUCGAGAUUUCACUCAAGUUUUUGACCAGUAUGCACAAUUUGAAGAAUUUAGCUACAAGGAAGUGCUCGAAGAGAAUUGUAAUAAUCUCAAUCUCACGGAAGAAGAUGAAAUAGAAGAGGAAUUGAGACUUGCUCGGUAUGAGCAUCUUCUGGAAAGGAGAAUGUUAUUACUUAAUUCUGUAAUGCUGAGACAAAAUCCUCACAAUGUUAAGGAAUGGCAUGAAAGAGUUGCGCUUUACAGUGGACAACCACACGAGAUUAUAAAUACAUACACAGAGGCAGUGCAUACAGUGCAACCACAAUUAGCUAUAGGAAAAUUGCAUACCUUGUGGGUGGCUUUUGCCAAAUUUUACGAAGAGAAUGGUCAGUUGCCGGAUGCAAGAGUGGUCUUUGAAAAAGCGACUCUCGUUGCGUAUAUGAAAGUAGACGAUCUAGCCUCCGUAUGGUGUGAGUGGGCAGAAAUGGAAUGUAGACACAAGAAUUUCACUGAAGCUUUGAGGCUCAUGCACAGGGCAACUGCCAUGCCUACUCGAAAAGUAGCGUAUCACGAUGAAAGUGAAACUGUACAAAUGAGGUUAUAUAAAUCUCUAAAAGUCUGGUCCAUGUACGCGGAUUUGGAAGAAAGUUUUGGAACAUUUAAGACCUGUAAAGCAGUUUAUGACAAAAUAAUCGAUCUGAAAAUCGCAACACCUCAAAUAAUCAUAAAUUAUGGAAUGUUCCUGGAAGAGAACAAUUACUUUGAGGAAGCGUUUAGGGCUUAUGAGAAAGGAAUUGCUCUCUUCAAGUGGCCCAAUGUUUACGAUAUAUGGAACACUUAUCUUAAAAAGUUUAAAGCACGAUACGAGGGGACGAAAUUGGAACGAACUCGAGAUUUAUUUGAGCAGUGUCUCGAGCAUUGUCCUCCGAAGUAUGCUAAAAAUUUUUAUUUGUUGUACGCAAAGUUAGAAGAGGAACAUGGACUUGCAAGACACGCUAUGUCUGUAUAUGAACGUGCCACAAAUGCUGUUCUACCCGAGGAGAAGUUUGAGAUGUUCAACAUAUACAUAAAAAAGGCUGCCGACAUUUAUGGUGUUCCGAAAACGCGACAAAUUUAUCAAAAGGCUAUUGAGGUGCUGAAUGAGGAAAACACGCGAGAAAUGUGUCUGCGUUUUGCAGAAGUGGAGACGAAAUUGGGAGAAGUGGAUCGGGCGAGAGCAAUUUACGCAUAUUGUUCGCAAAUAUGCGACCCGAGAGUGACAUCAAACUUCUGGCAAGUGUGGAAGGAAUUUGAGGUUCGACACGGAAAUGAAGAUACAAUGCGUGAGAUGCUGAGGAUAAAACGUAGCGUGCAGGCCAUGUAUAAUACUCAAGUGAACAUGAUGUCUGCCCAGAUGUUGAACAGCUCGCCCAAUCAACCGGCGACACCGCUGGAUGCAAUGCGUCUAUUAGAUAGCAGAGUAUCUGAAAAUCCUCCUCCACCUGGGCCAAAGGAAGCUAUCAGAUUCGUGCGAGGUGUCACCGAAGGAGGUAAAACGACCGAACCUCAAGUCACCAAUCCCGAUGAAAUUGAUAUUGAAAUGGACGAAGACGAAGAAGAAGGAGAUGAAAACGGCAUGGACGCGGAAGAUAUUCCAAUAGAAAAACAGGCUAUUCCGUCACAAGUAUUCGGUAGUUUACGUAAAGAAGAAGACGAAGAAGAUAGUUAACUGUUUGCCUAGUCUGUAAUAAUAUAAAUAAACAUUUUUUUAAUUGUAAUCUA